UUAAUGAAUGAAGGAGCUCAAUAUUUAGUUGGUUAUCAUGACUAUAGAAACUUCUGCAAAAUGGAUGUUGGUAACGGAGUAGUUAAUUUCUGUCGGCGCAUCCUUUCAAUAAACAUAUCUUCGUUGUGUUGUGAUGUGAAGAAUGUUGAUCGUAAUUGCCCUAAAGCUACUGAACAGAAUACAAUGGACAGUAAGAGCGAUGAUAAUGAGAAUUCAGUGGAGACUACUAAAAGCUCCCGGCAUGAUAUAAUUGAAUCCACAGAGGAAGUGAUAGAUUGUAAUUGCUCACCUGAAAGGCGAGCAGACUCAACAGAAGUUCAAGAUGGGUAUGACAUGUGUGUCGCUACGAUAGAAGGACAAGCAUUUCUGUGGCAUCAAGUGCGGGCAAUCAUGGCUAUACUGAUGCUUGUUGGAGAAAAGAAGGAAGAACCAAGUAUUGUCAAGGAGCUUUUGGAUGUUAAUAAACACCCAAGGAAACCCCAGUAUUGCCUGGCAAGUGACCUACCUCUGAAUCUUUAUGAAACAAGUUUUGAGGGCGUGGAGUGGAAAUGUGAUGCGGAAUCUUUAUGUUAUGUUAUAUCACAGUUACAAGGUCUUUGGGCGCACCAUUCUGUAAAGAGCACAAUGAUCAGACGCAUGCUUUGGGAUCUAGAAGCCAGUUAUUCUCUGAUGAAUUGCAUGAAACAGGAAGGUUCACAUCUUUCAAAGGAUACCCUGCCAGCCGCCUCCAUGAAACCACAGUACCAGUGCCUGAACCUAGUUCCUGGAGCUAGAACUAAAGUGUAUCGGCCUCUGCUCUCCCGACCAACGUGUGAAAGUUUAGAGACACGAGUGGAACAUUAUGUGAAACGACAGAGGUUAGAUCGAGACAUUCUGCAGAAGAGUGCUUCUUCAAGCUUACAGACUGAUAUUGCAAAUUCAGACAACCCAAACUGAUUUGAUUGAAGUUGAACCUCAAUGGUAUAACAUCUUCAGUUGAUUCAAGACAAGGAUACAGGCCUGGUGUGUGUGGAUAUGUGACAGUGGUUUGUGCAGGUACAUUAUGUUAACAAGGGAUUACCAGUAUCCUACUGUUAAAUAUACUUUUUACAAGAAAUGCAUUA